GUGCUCUGUGGGUACCUUUGUGCUCUUUUUAGCUUGUUCAUUUUUCUCUGAAAUCGCUUUUUACCUGUUGAACAUUUCUUCGCAACUUCCCGCAGAAUGUUCGGUGGAUCAAAAACCACCUUUGGUGCACCCGCAAGCUCCGCUUUUGGACAGACUUCCGGUACUCUGUUUGGAUCUACAGCCGGCCAAAACACUAGCAUAUUUGGUCAGGCUACUGGUGGUAUAGGCAGUUCCACCCCGGCUCUUUUUGGUGGUCCUACGCAAACCAAUACAAUGUCAUGGGGAGGCACAGCUGCGAUUCCUGGUGUGGCGUCCGGUGGAACAUCCAUACCUUUUAACCCACCAAUAGCUCCAGAUACUCUCCAACGCGCUGGUCAAUCCACACAAGUAAAUGCGAAGCACAUGUGCAUCACAGCGAUGAAGGAGUAUCAAGAUAAAAGCCUUGAGGAAUUAAGAGCAGAAGACUACGCCCUUAAUCGCCAAAAUGGUCCGGGGGCUACCACCAGCACUUCUUCAUCUCUGUUUGGUGCAUCGACUGCUGUAAAGCCUUUUCAAUUCGGUGCGGCACAAACUACCGGUGCUGGGUCCAUUUUUGGUCAAACGAGUAAACCGUCAAACACUCUGUUCGGUGGAAGUGGUCUCACGUUUGGUGCAGCAACAACAACUGUCUCGUCGGUCUUUGGUCAGCCAGCACAAUCACAAAGCGGCAUUUUGGGCCUGAAGCCCCCAUUCGGCGCCACAUCACAACCAACCAAUUUGUUUGGCACCGCGCCUGCUGCUCAGCCCAGUGGAUUCUCUUUCGGUCAGACCAGCCAAACCGGCUCUGUUUUCGGUACCAAACCGUUGUUCGGUGCCCCCAGCUACGGGAACACGGCUAGCACCGGUCUCUUUGGUACCGCCCAACCAUCCGCCACUGCGACCCCCUCUGGAUUCACCUUUGGUCAGACCCAACAAACCACUGGUCUCGGUGGUACUACUGGCAUUUUUGGACAGAACACAGCAGCUAAACCCAAUCUGUUCGGCGCACAACCAGCUACCAGCACGGUGUUACCUUUCGGUUCAAGUACAGCAAAUGUUUUCGGUGCACCCAAGACUACAGGAAUAACCUUAUUCGGUUCAUCCGCACCCGGUCUAACUGCCGGUCAAACUCAGCAGACAGGAUUUGGCUUCGGCGCUCUAAAACCCACCGGGACAACUGGGUUAUUUGGCUCCCCCGCCGCAUCCACCACUAAACCUGGGGGGAUAUUUGGAGUGGGCGCUCCUACAAGUACGACCGCUGGGUUCGGCUUCGGCACUGGUUUAUCCACCGGCCAACCAACAGCUUUUGGCGACUUUGGAUCAUCAGCUGCCACUAGCAAUGCCGGUCUAUUUGGACAGCCGACCGCGAACAGCCUUGCAGCUAAAAAGACGUUCGACUUCGGAUCGAGUCUCACCAACCAAGGUGCGUCAUCAGCACCAAGCAUAUUCGGUUUCGGUCAAACCAGUCAACCGACUGGAUUGUUCGGUACGGGCACUUCUACCGGUGCUCUGGGCAUUGGUUUGGGAUCAGCCGGUUCCGGAACGGGAACAUUAUUCGGACAACAGACGGGGUUUGGAAUUGGAGCGAAACCAGCUGCUCCCGGUGGAUUCGGCACAGGAUUCGGUUUGGGUAACACAGGUCUGGGCACUAGCGGAUUGGGCUCAGGCAAUUUAUUCGGAUCCACCACAUCAGCUGCCUUAGGGUCCUUCACAUCUACUACACAAUCACUCGGGCUAGGCGGUCUAGGCGGCUUCGGAACGUUGCAACCUGGCCAGAUUGGUGGAGCUCUGACAGGUCUUGCCAACAACUCGGCUAUACAAGCAGCUCAAAGCGUUCGUGCUCAACAGCAAGUUCUCGAACUGGUCCGCAGCAUGCCAUAUGGCCAGUCGCCUCUGUUCCGCUACAUCAAUUUGCCAACAACAUCCGAAUGUUCCAACGAAGUCGGAACGAGACAGUCUUCAGAUCGUGCUGCUCCAUCCGCUACUGGCGCCAGUAUGGUAAUUCCUGCGAAGGCAGCGGUGACUGCUCUAGCUGAACGCCACAAAGCAGCUGGCCUUGCUUUGGGCAUCGUUUCUCCAGGUUCCAUUGGGUCCUCCAUUCCGCUUGAUCGAGGCAUGUGGCCAAAGUCUCGUGCUGUUACACAGCGCUUGUUGCAACUAUCCAAUCGUAGCAAGCUCUUCUCCGGACUCCACGAGGAUGAUAUACUGCUUUCACCAUCUAAUCAAGCCGCUUCCCCUGCACUUCGAUUAAGACGCUCGGCUACAUUAAGCGCUGAUGUCGUUCUCUCAGACAGUCCAAGAUCUGGAUCACAAGGGGCCUUUUUUGUUAGACGAGACGAAUGGAAGAGGCUUCAUCUGCCGGAAAAUCUUCGGAACUCUAUUGUAGAGCGCUCAGUUGCCGCAUCACGAGACACGAAUCGUUUGCUGGAGGCCUCUAUGUGCGGUGAUCGUGAACCCGAGCCGAAUCUGAAUACCAUUCGUUCGGAUGAAGCAUCAACGAGUCCUGAGCUUCAGGGCGUCGAUGGAGACACGCCUGGUCAUUCAGUCAUUACUUCAGUUGUUUCAAUUCCGGUUUCCGUUUCUUCCGUAAAUGCCAUAUCGGGCCUCGGACGUGGUACGGCGUGGCAGAGGAACUCAGUUAGCUCCGUUUCUGGUGCUUUUGGCUUUCGACAAGCCAAAGAAGCUUUGCAAGUAGGGACAGCCGACGACUCGAUUCUCCACGAGGAUUUGGAAAGUACUUGGACAUCACCAUCUGGUAUCAGCGUAGAAAAUUCAUCCGCCCUAGGCAUUGUGAGUCCGUCGCCAUGGAAUCAACAAACACAUAAAUCUCCGCGCGAUACAGCCAGUUCAGUGGACUCGGUACCACCGAAUGGCGUCAAGUUGACCAAGCCCGGUUACUACACACUUCCGACCCCUGAGGAGCUGUCCAGUAUGAUUGAUGCCGAUGGCCGUUGCAUUGUUGAAGAUUUCGUAAUCGGACGUCGUCACUAUGGGCACAUUUUGUUUCCUGGGGACACGGACGUCACUGGUUUGGAUUUGGAUGACAUUGUGCACAUCCGUCGGCGGGAAGUGGUCAUCUAUCCUGAUGAUGUGAAGAAACCGCCCGUUGGUUUCGGUCUGAACAAGCGGGCCGAAGUCUGCCUCGAGUCAAUUUGGCCCACGGACAAAGCCACACGUGAGCCCAUCAAGUCUCCAGAAAGAUUGAGUGUGAUGCGUUUCGAGGAACGCCUUGAACGGGCCACCCGACGGAUGGACGCAAAAUUCAUCGAAUAUCGACCAGAAUCCGGGUCUUGGGUGUUCGAGGUUAAGCAUUUCUCUAAAUACCGUUUGGAAGAUUCCGACGACGAUGAUGCAGGACCCGCUAUGAAGACCUCUACUGAUGACAAAGGCGACUCGGUGUCUAUGGAGCUUGAUUCACAACUGUGUCUUGAAACAUCGGAGAAAUUUACACAUGUGUUGCAGAAAUCAGUCGCCCCACUGAAGAUCGUCAGCGAGUCGAUCUCCGCGAUAAACGGUGGUACACAUCUAACCCAUCUUGAUGUCACUACGCUCGAUCAGGAAUGGGAACAAAAAUCUCUUGACUCAGGAGAUGAGUCAGCCUCCACCAUGGUCAUUGAGGACUCAAUGCGUACAACUCCACGGGCUUUGCGACAAAUGCGGGACGCUUUUUUCAACCCCUCCAUCACUGUUGCCCAGCGCAGUCACCGGAGUGCACUCUUUGGCCAGUCUAAUGAUUACGGAGCAGAAGAAAUCGACGAAGCCACCGAUUUUGACGCACCCAUGGAGGAGACCGAAACUGCCCUAGUGUGGUCUAACAGCAUAACGGCCAAACGAUCUCAGCGUCUUUCUAAAUUGACUGACGAGAUGAGCUAUGACAAACCAAACAUAUACAGCUCAACAUCCCGUCCUCGGGCUCAAGAACCCUACCAUUUCGGUCCUUCUCCUAAAAAAAUUGUCCGUACUCUUGACGAACCUGCAACUAUUCGUUCUAAACAGGAGGGACCAGGUAUCGACUCCAACCUACAGGCCGGUCAGAUCACCCGUGUAAAGUCUACGACCCCGUUUCAUCCGAUUCGUUACGAAAAGUUUUCCGACGGCGUUCCCCUCAGCCGUAAAAGAAUCCCUCCAGUCACCGCGAGGUUACAUCUCGCAAGGCUUUCCAACUUACUGAACGUCGAGAGGACUCUUUCCGAUGAGCAUAUUCAACUAGUAACGCAAACAUACCCCUAUGACUAUCUCUCCCGGUUUUAUUCAGGAGGCAACGUUAGUGCCUUUCAGAUCAGCGAAUCUGCUGCUGUGUUGUCUCGUUUGCUUCUUGAUGUUGGUCUCUGGCGUGGUCAUGGAAUGCGCGUGUCCUGGGGACAAACCCGGUCUCUAGAGCUGCACUCAGUUGGUCUCGUAACCGCAGGAUCAGCGACGAAUUCCCCGAAUCCGCCAUCUUCUUCUCGAACAUCUUUCCAGGUUUCCAUCAGUUGUUGGUCUUCAUUCGUAAACGAGGCUGACGAGCAUCUGCUCAAUGGAGCUCUUCUCACUUCGGUGUGUUCUACCGAAGGGGAUCCAAAUCCUCAGUCACUGUGCCCCCCGUCAGAUCACUGUCCUCUUUGGCAACCAACCUCUGGUCUUGGACCACUCGAGGCGUAUAGCCGGGUACUUCGUUGUGAAUUCCCAGAUGCCAUCGAGCCACUAAGCCAAGAUAGUCCGAACGCCCGUAUGAUGUUGGUUCGUCGCUUAAUGGGCCUCUGUUGCGCCCUAUGGGGUCAACAUCCUCAGGAGUCUACUGCCGCGACUUUGCUUAAAAAAGAUGCUGAUUUUGAAGCGAACGUUCCCAACGGCGCCCAGGAUUGCAAUGACAUGAACUUAGACAGCUUUGAUUUAGCUAGCGAUGAGAAAACAGAGGCGGACUCGCCCGCUAAUGAUUUGAACCUUGAAUCUGACGCCUUGCGCCGUCUUGCUCGCAAGCAAGCCAUAUCAGAAUGGAUCCGGGCUCAAUCGUACCCGUGGCUUUUGAACCAGUUGAGCCAUUUGAAUCUGCUUCACGUAUGUCAACCCAGAAACGGUACCAGUUCGGAUGGCUCUGCUUUGCUGGACCCUCCGUUCCCACUGUCGAAGAAGGUAUCUGCAGAUGAUGUUGGCAAAGGAAUUUUCUACUGUUUGCUCGCUGGUGAACCUGGUGCCGCUUGUCGCUUGGCCCUCGCAGCCUGCAUGCCCAAUCUGGCCAGUCUACUAGCUCACUCCUCAGCAAGCGAUCCUCUCGUUCGACGGGGUUUGCAACGCCAGCUAGUAGUGUGGCAUGACUUGAAGUACGAUCAACAUAUCCCAUUAAAUGUGCUGUGUGUUUACGCUUUGCUGGCUGGGCAAUCUGUAUUCCCACAUCCGAAGCAAUCUCAAACCGAUGUGUUUGUAUUGGAAAAUGUUGAUUGGAUUCGCGCAUUCGGUGCUUACCUGUGGUACAUGACGGAUUACUCCAGCGACGUGGCGGAUGUUAUCAGUGCAUAUAGCUCGGCUUGGCAUUCCUCUUGCACUACUUUAUCUGCGGUUACCAUCCCUCGACCGAUCCCGCCAAAACUGUGCGACCUCGUUUCGCCACCUUUAGUCUCCACGUCGCCUACAGACUUUCCUCCUUAUCGCCCCAGGAAUCCCUCACCCGAAUUUCGCUCAUGGCCACGUGACACCGCAUAUCAUCUGCUCCAGCUCUUUUGUAAGGGACCUCAUAGUCUGGAGCGCACACUGGACCCCUGCUCGGUACAUCAACAACGAUGUGCUAGGACGAACACCUGUACUGCUGACCCAUCGUCACUCCUCGACUGGGCUCCAUCAUGGCAUGUCUGGCGCGUGCUACACGCACUGGGGUAUCGACACUUUGCAUCUCCGAACACACUGUCGCGCAUUUGCCAUGAGUUUGCCGCUCAACUGGAAGACGGCGGAUUGUGGGAGUGGGCUGUUUUUGUGUUGUUACAUCUCCGUGAUCAAACCAUGCGCGAUGCGUGCGUGAAAUCUGUCGUUACGCGUCAUGCCACUUUAGUGCUUCCACCCAGAUCCAAAACUUCUCAGGCAUCUGGGUCAUUUGGAUCGCUAGACGUUGCAGCAGAUCGACUGAAUGAAUUAUCGCUAGCCCCACCUCCUCCUUUCACGCGCGCCGAGAACUUUAUCAUCAAGCUCGGUGUGCCCGCCCGUUGGGUCCAUGAGGCUAAGGCUGUGUUGGCCCACCACAGAUUUCUUGGAUAUCACCAACCAUUCAAUCCGACCGUAUCCGGUCUCAGCAGAUGUGCCCCCGUCCAAUUAAAACGUGCACAGUUGCAAGCCCGCCUGUUCGCCAUUCUUGAAGCGGCACACUGGCUUGCGGCAGAUCACAUCGCUGCAGCACACGAAGUGUGUAUCAGCUAUUUACUUCCGGACUUGGUACUGCGCACCAACCGUUCGUUUGGUUCCAGCAACACUGCGAUUCCUCUCACUCCCGGACAGCCAUCGAGUGUCUCUCAGCUUGGUCACCGCCUGCAAAGUCUGCUUCAACCUUUUCGUUCCUUAAGUGUCGGACUUUUACCGGACGAUUUUGCCACCGGAGUCGGUUUGUAUAUCCGAUACAGUGACAUCCUUAUCCUGUCUGAAAGGCUAGGUGAACUUUGGCGACAUCGAUCAUCCGGCACGAAGGAUGAAAUCAGCGAAACAGCCCACGCUGACCGAGCAACGGAGAUUGAGACACAGGCGCAAUUGGCCGUCGUGUUGAACUCGUUGCAAUCCGAGUUAGAUACAUUCACUGAAUCCCUACAGCACAUGCAGGUGCCAAACCUGAAGGCACGAGUCGUUAAAACUGAGAUGGCCAUUGAAUCUCUGCAACUGGUAUCCGCCUUUCUUGCCGUCACCAUCUCAGACACUCGUUCCGACCCAACGGCUACGCUUGAUCGAUUGAGGCAUCAGCUACUUGCAAUGACGAAAAUCCACCUCCCAGCCGACAUUUGCUUAAAAGAGUUGAGUUCUCUGAGCGAGAUUGAGCUCUCCAUGGGCGUUGUUUGACCAGUUCAUGGAAGUGCCGGACUGAAUUGCAUCGUCUAUCCCCACUGACUUCUAUGAAUCAGAUGUAACUAUUAAGCUGAUGUAUCACACUUUCUUAUGUGUCGUCCGAAGAUACACACGUUCCGUAAAAAUGUUUACUCAUGUAUAAGGAAUUUUGAUUUAAAUGUGUUGCGGUUUC